GUGCAGACUGCGAACUUGGUGCUGGAAGAUGGGAUGAAGAUGAAGGGUUAUUCUUUUGGCUAUCCAUCCUCCACAGCAGGGGAAGUCGUAUUCAACACUGGUCUUUCUGGAUACACUGAAGCCUUGACAGAUCCCAGUUACAGAGGACAGAUUCUUACACUAGCUAACCCCAUAGUCGGGAAUGGUGGAGUGCCUGACACAGCUGCUUUGGAUGAAAUGGGUCUCAGGAGGUUCCUGGAGUCUGAUGGGAUCAAGGUUUCAGGUUUGCUGGUGCUGGAUUACAGCAAUGAGUACGGCCACUGGCAGGCUGCUAGGAGCCUGGGAGAGUGGUUGCAGGAAGAAAAGGUGCCUGCACUGUAUGGGAUUGAUACCAGAAUGCUGUCCAAAUUAACUCGUGACAAGGGCACAUUACUUGGGAAGAUUGAAUUUGAAGGUCAACCCGUGGAAUUUGCAGAUCCAAAUAAUCAGAACUUAAUUGCAGAAGUUUCAACAAAGGAAGUCAAGGUUUAUGGCCGGGGGAAUCCAAUUAAAGUUGUAGCUGUCGACUGUGGGCUGAAGUACAACAUUAUCCGCCUGCUAGUAAAGCGAGGUGCAGAAGUGCAUUUGGUUCCAUGGGACCAUGAUUUCACCAGCAUGGAGUAUGAUGGGCUUAUAAUUUCUGGAGGUCCAGGGGAUCCCAUGAAGGCUCAGGAGGUGAUUCAGAAUGUCAGAAAGAUCCUGGAGAGCAAUCGUCCAGAGCCCUUGUUUGGAAUUAGCAUGGGGCAUCUAAUCACUGGGAUAGCAGCUGGAGCUACUUCCUACAAGAUGCAGAUGGCCAACAGAGGACAGAACCAGCCUGUCCUGAAUGCAGUGAAUGGACAGGCUGUCAUCACUGCUCAGAACCAUGGUUAUGCUAUUGACAGCUCUACCCUCCCACCUGGCUGGAAACCUCUCUUUGUGAAUGCCAAUGAUCAAACAAAUGAGGGAAUCAUGCAUGAGACCAGACCCAUUUUCACAGCGCAGUUCUACCCAGAUGCAAAUCCUGGGCCAAGGGACACAGAGUUCCUAUUUGAUUCAUUUAUUGCACUGGUUAAGAGAGGGAAAGGCUCUGUUUCCUCGGUCCUGCCCAGAGCUGGAAUGACAGCUUCCAGAGUGGAGGUCUCCAAAGUCCUCAUUCUAGGAUCUGGGGGUCUGUCAAUUGGUCAGGCAGGGGAAUUUGAUUACUCUGGAUCCCAGGCGGUGAAAGCCAUGAAGGAAGAAAAUGUGAAAACUGUCCUCAUGAAUCCCAAUAUUGCUUCAGUACAGACCAAUGAGACUGGCUUAAAGCAGGCUGAUGCUGUCUACUUCCUCCCCAUCACUCCACAGUUUGUCACAGAGGUCAUCAAAGCAGAACGUCCUGAUGGAUUAAUUCUGGGCAUGGGUGGCCAGACUGCUCUCAACUGUGGAGUGGAGCUCUUCAAGCAAGGAGUCCUGCAGGAGUAUGGUGUGAAGGUCCUAGGUACAUCAGUUGAAUCCAUCAUGGCCACAGAGGACAGAAGGCUUUUUUGUGAUAAGCUGACUGAGCUAAAUGAAAAGAUUGCUCCUAGCUUUGCAGUGGAAUCGGUUGAAGAUGCUCUGAAGGCAGCUGAAAAGAUUAGCUACCCAGUCAUGAUCCGUUCUGCUUAUGCCCUUGGUGGUUUAGGGUCAGGAAUAUGUCCUGAUAAAGCAAGUUUGCUGGACCUUGGUACAAAGGCAUUUGCAAUGACUAAGCAAAUUCUGGUGGAAAAGUCAGUUGUUGGCUGGAAGGAGAUAGAGUAUGAAGUUGUGAGAGAUGCUGCUGAUAACUGUAUUGCCGUCUGCAACAUGGAGAACAUAGAUGCUAUGGGAGUCCACACAGGAGAUUCUGUUGUAGUGGCUCCAAGCCAGACACUCACUAAUGAGGAAUUUCAGAUGCUGAGGGAUCGUGCCAUCAAAGUGGUCCGACAUCUGGGCAUCGUGGGAGAGUGCAACAUCCAGUUUGCUCUGCAUCCAACUUCCCUGGAGUACUACAUCAUUGAAGUUAAUGCCAGGCUCUCGAGAAGUUCAGCUUUGGCUUCCAAGGCAACAGGGUAUCCAUUAGCAUUUAUUGCUGCCAAAAUCGCCUUGGGAAUCCCCUUGCCAGAAAUCAAGAAUGUGGUGACAGGAAAAACCUCUGCCUGCUUUGAGCCCAGCCUGGAUUAUGUUGUUACCAAGAUACCCCGCUGGGAUUUGGACCGUUUUCAGCAUAUGUCCAACCGGAUUGGAAGUUCCAUGAAGAGUGUGGGAGAGGUCAUGGCUAUUGGACGUACUUUUGAAGAGAGCUUCCAAAAGGCCCUGAGAAUGUGCCACCCCUCUGUAGAUGGCUUCACUGCACAUCUGCCUAUGAAUAAAGCCUGGCCAGCUGUUGUACAUCUCCAAAAGGAUCUCUCUGAGCCAUCCAGCACCCGGAUAUAUGCAAUAGCCAAGGCGCUGGAUGAUGAAGUCCCUGUGGAUGUCAUUCACAAACUCACAGCCAUUGACAAGUGGUUCCUGUAUAAGAUGCGUGGGAUUGUGAACAUGGAGAAAAUCCUGAAGGAAGCGAACAGAGAAGAAAUUCCAGAAGAGACACUGAGGAGAGCCAAACAGAUCGGGUUCUCAGACAAACAGAUUGGGAAAUGCCUGAGGCUGGGUGAAGUCCAGUGUCGUCAGCUGAGACUGAGGAAGAAUAUAGUGCCCUGGGUGAAACAGAUUGACACACUGGCAGCAGAAUACCCAGCAGUAACUAAUUACCUCUACAUCACCUACAACGGGCAGGAACAUGAUGUAAAAUUUGAUGACCAUGGGGUGAUGGUGCUGGGCUGUGGACCAUAUCACAUAGGCAGCAGCGUGGAGUUUGAUUGGUGUGCUGUCUCCAGUAUCCGCACGCUGCGUCAGCUUGGCAACAAGACUGUCGUCGUGAAUUGCAACCCAGAGACAGUGAGCACAGACUUUGAUGAGUGUGACAGACUGUACUUUGAGGAGCUGUCGUUGGAAAGGAUCCUGGACAUCUACCAAUAUGAGGGAUGCAGUGGUUGCAUUAUUUCUGUAGGAGGGCAGAUUCCCAAUAACUUGGCAGUUCCAUUGCUCCAGAGCGGAGUGAAGAUCCUUGGCACAAAUCCUUUGCAGAUUGACCAGGCAGAAGAUCGUUCUGUAUUUUCAGCUGUUCUGGAUGAGCUGCAUGUGGCCCAGGCUCCCUGGAAGGCAGUCAGCACACUGAGAGAUGCAGUUGAAUUUGCAAGCUCUGUGAGUUAUCCAUGUUUGCUGAGGCCUUCCUAUGUUCUGAGUGGGUCCGCAAUGAAUAUUGUAUUCACUGAAGAGGAAAUGAAGAAGUUCUUAGCAGAAGCCACCAGAGUCUCUCAGGAUCACCCUGUGGUACUCACAAAAUUCAUUGAAGAUGCCCGUGAGGUGGAAAUGGAUGCUGUAGCUAAGGCAGGAAGAGUUAUUUCACAUGCGGUUUCAGAACACGUGGAGGAUGCAGGUGUUCACUCUGGAGAUGCCACCCUCAUGUUACCCACACAGUCUAUUAGCCAGGGAGCCUUGGAGAAGGUAAAAGCUGCUACAAAAAAGAUUGCAAAUGCCUUUGCCAUCUCUGGUCCCUUCAACAUUCAGUUCUUGGUGCGAGGCAAUGAUGUGCUGGUGAUAGAGUGCAAUUUGCGGGCUUCACGUUCCUUCCCCUUUGUAUCAAAGGCUCUGGGUGUGGACUUCAUUGAUGUAGCCACAAAAGUGAUGAUUGGAAAAGAGAUUAAUGAGUCAUCUCUCCCCACACUGGAACAUCCCAUUAUUCCAUCCAAAUAUGUUGGAAUUAAGGCUCCAAAGUUUUCGUGGUCCCGGCUGAGAGAUGCUGACCCUGUUCUCCGAUGUGAAAUGGCCUCUACUGGGGAGGUUGCAUGCUUUGGGGAGGAUGUAUAUUCUGCCUUCCAGAAGGCUAUGCUUGCCACUGGGUUUACAUUUCCUAAGGAAGGAAUUUUGAUUGGAAUCCAG